ACAGCUACAGCUCACACCACGCGCUGCGGCGAAGCAGGAGGAAGGAGAACCGCGAGCCGAAAAGGGAAACAAGGAGAGAAAGAAAACCUUACCUGCCAGCAGAGGUGCAGAGUAGGAGAGGUGUGCCAUAGAUGAACUGGGCAGGUCUGGUCAGCCAGGUAGGAGCCAUGCAGUUCAGCUCAGCCAAGGCAGAGGAGGAGAACUUCGACUAUUUGUUCAAGAUCAUCCUGGUCGGGGACUCCAACGUGGGGAAGACGUGUGUGGUGCAGCACUUCCGGUCCGGGGUCUACUCGGAGGUCCGGUACAGCACCAUCGGGGUGGACUUCACUGUGUGUUCCCUCCACGUCGAUGGCAAGAAAGUGAAGAUGCAGGUGUGGGACACAGCGGGCCAGGAGCGCUUCCGGGCCAUCACCCACAGCUACUACCGCAGCGCACACGCGGCCAUCAUUGCCUACGACGUCACCCGGAGGUCCACCUUCGAGUCUGUUCCCCAGUGGAUUAACGAGAUAGAAACAUACGGAGCAGCGAACCUGCCCAUCAUGCUGAUCGGGAACAAAUCUGACUUGUGGGGGAAAAGGCACGUUCUCUUUGAGGAUGCCUGCACCCUGGCUGAGAAACACCAUCUCCUUGCUGUUCUGGAGACGUCUGCCAAAGAGUCCAAGAACAUAGACAACGUCUUCUUGCUGAUGGCCAAGGAGCUGAUGGCCCGCAACAGACUGCACUCCUAUGGGGAGAGCGCCCUCAGCAUCCUCCCCCUGGAGUCCAGCCCAGUUCUCACAGCCCAGGGGCCCAGCUACAAGACCUACUGCUCUUGCUGAGUGUGGCCAGGUCUGCUGCGCCGCCCAGCGGCCAUCUCUGAAACCAACCUCACCCAUUAGCCUAGCCUGCUGCGAAGCAUCAGGACCAAAGUGUAGCUUGCUUUGACUCUCUGACUCCUUCUGGAGGCCAGUAGCCCAUCUGCCUCCGCUCACACCAUUGGCCACAACCGGCAGCUCUGAGGACGCAGCUUUUUCUUCACUUUGCCCGGUGAAGUCAGGACUCCAGUUCUGAGUAGAACAAGGUUUGCUCUUUUUCAUAGUUUCCCCACCCCUCCCGCCGUUUUCUGCUUGUUUGUCUUGAAGAAGGCAGUGAAGGAAUGAAGAAAAGAGAAAAAUGAAGAAAGGGAAGUGGGUGCUUGGCAUGGCCCAGGCCUGGGGGCAGGGGAAGCUUCUAGUGCUAUCUUUGUCUUCCUCAGUCACACCUCCAGUCUUUAGUUGGGGUGAAGCCUUUUGAUGGACGUAAACAGCAUAAAUACUGUCUUGCCAAAUGAUGGACAGCAGCCACGUGAUGGACAGAGAAUUGGCCCCAACUGUUUCCAGUUGGACUUGACCACCCUCUAGAUGUGGGAGAGGCCCCCAGUCUCAAAGUCACCCAGUUAGUUCUCUGCUGGAUCAGCAGUCAUUUCUCGGCUGAAAUUAAAUUGACUCAUAAAUGAAAAUAAAGCCAGUGUUGACCUUCCUGCAUCACCCCAGGUGCCUGUGAAGCUUCUGGAAAUGUAGUAAACCUUGUGUUUCCACAGCUCCCCAAUGGUAGCUGCUGUGGUGCGUCUGUCUUCUGUCCUGUAAGACCAGAAGGGCUGAGCCAGCCACAUGUUGACUCUGCAAGGGGCCUUGUCUGUGGGGGGGUCACCUCUGGCCCCGGUGACACCUCUGGCCUCUCUAGUAUCACUAAGACUGGCAGCAAACAGAUGGCCACCAACCACUUGGAGUACUUGAGAUGUGGCUAACUCAAAUUUGAGAGGAGUUCAGAUACACAAACAAGAUACACUUUGGGUUUUGAACGCAGUACGAAAAAAUAAAAAGAAA